AUGCUUGGAGCUGAUCAGGAAAACCAAUUAAUUGAAACGGGUAAUGCUAUACAGAAACGUCAUGGCUUUAUCGUUGUGCAGUUUUUGAACCAUGCUUACUUGAAUAUGACAAAGAGUUGGAUUUGCAACGUGGAUUGUUUCGAUGACGUAUUACAGCAUACGGUAUUUAUUACUACUGACCAAGCUGCGUACGAUGGAUUACAUUGUUGGCGACCUCACCUGAAUGUGUUGCUUAUAGAAUUCGGAACAGAAGAUUCCAUGUCAUUUGGGCAUAUCAAUUAUUAUCAAUUUGGACUGUUCCGUGUAAGGAUGAUUAAUAAGUUGUUGGCGAGUAAUAUUAGUGUAUUAAUUACUGAAUCCGAUGCUGUGUGGUUUGAAAACCCUCUUCAUUUUUUUCGUAAACCGACACAUCUAUCAGAUAUGCACGUCAAUGUCGAAAAUUACAAUAAAGGAGAUCGUUUCUGUGCUGGUUUCUUGUUUCUAAAUGCGACAAGAGCGACACAAAGAGUGUGGAAUACAUUGACCAUGAGACUAAGUGAGCGUAUGAGCACGUUGAAAGACGGACAACGUAAAAUUAGUGCUAAAGGUUCGGAACAAAUAAUGUUAUCGAACAUCGCAAUUCGUGAAGACCCAAUCGAGCUGAAUUAUCUUCCCAAAGACAGAUUUGUCAGUGGGCAGUGGUACAAUAGCGUAAAAAUGCAACACAACCUUACUCCAGUUGUUCUGCAAAACAACUAUGUUAUUGGCAACGAGAACAAAAUUAGAAGAGCCAAAAAAUGGGGGCACUGGUUUUUAUCGCGUGAUAUGGUGCAAUGUAUAGUCAAUGUCUGUCAAAAUUUAACUCCCAAAAAGCAUUAA